CCUUUCCGCCUGCAGCGAAAGCACUGUCCUCGCUCUAUGGAAAUGCACAGGUAGACUUUGCCCUCAGGCUUGCUGACAACACAGGAAGAGCAGAGGAGACUAAAAUUGCGGCUUACACAAACCGAGUCACUCGGCUUUGAGAAAAAUGGAUGAUGUUAAUCGUCGCAGAAAUGAUUUCGAUGGACCUUCACCUCCACCCUACAAUCCUGACUGUGAGAAGAAAUCAUACACAGGACAGACGUAUCAGGUGGGGAAUGGAGGCAUUGCGGUGGUGACUCCACCCUGCAGCUAUGAAAACACGGUCUACUCAGAAAGACAUGCAGCUGCUGGGGACGAGCAUCAGUUUGACCCAGCGCCACCGGUCUACUCUACCGGCUUUCAGGACAGUGUUUUUGCAGAUUCUGCUAUACGAAGAGCUUUCAUAAGGAAAGUCUACCUGACCUUGAUGAUUCAGCUGCUGGUGACUGUUGGGAUCAUCUGUGCUUUUCUGUACUGGGAUUCUCUAAAGGAAUGGACGUGGACCAACAACUGGUUCUCCUAUGCCAUGAUGGCGACGGUGACCGUACUCAUUGUGGUCUUGUCCUGCUGUGACAACAUUCGCCGUCGGGUCCCCCUCAAUUUCAUCACCCUGGGUUUGUUUACUAUUGCAGAGGGAUUGAUGCUGGGAUCAGUCACAGUGUUCUUCUCAGCUGAACCUGUUCUGUGGGCCGUGGGUGCGACAGCGUUUGUGUCCUUCUCCCUGAGCGUAUUUGCAAUGCAGUCAAAGUAUGACUUCACCAUGGCAAGUGGAAGCCUGUGGGUGUUUGGCUGGACUCUCUUUUCCUUUGGACUGCUCUGUGCAAUCUUUCGAUCGCAGUUUGCUUACAUUGCCUAUGCCUGCCUGGGCACCUUGCUGUUUUCCUUGUACCUGGUGUUUGAUACCCAGCUCAUCGUGGGUGGGAAACACAGAAAAUAUGAGGUCUCUCCUGAGGAGUAUGUGUUUGCUGCUCUCAGCCUCUACCUGGACAUUGUUGUCUUGUUCCUUUUCUUGCUGAAACUUAUCAAUCUCUGCCGCUGAUAGCUAGCUUCCCUGACGUUGCCUUUGCAAAAACUAAACUAAUACUCAAUAUAUGCUUGAGCAUAUACCAGGGGUGUCAAACUCAUUUUUGCCGCGGGCCACAUUGUAGUUAUGGUUUCCCUUGGAGGGCCGUUAUGAAUUUUGGGAAACCGC